CCUCCCAGGUCACCACUGAGCAUGCGCCUAUCUCUUGCAGGUUACACGAGUUUAUUUUCAGCCUUUUUCUUGGAGACGAUGGUGUAAACUGACCGUGGUAAAGCCUUGUGUGAAUAUAACAAUGUUUUUCAUGGACUCUUGGAGUUCAAACCUAAGAGGAAACGUCUCUGGAGCACCGAGGUUUGGGAUUUAACGGUGACGUGAAAUGUUGCUGCGUGGUUUGACAGUAUUUCCAGGCGGCAACGGACAGACCAAGCCAGGCUAGUUUAAGCUAGCUAGUUGGUAGCCAAGCAGCUCGGGUAGAUAUCGUUAGCCUUUCCGCUGGCUGAGCGUGUUGUAGUGUCGACGCAGCCUUUAUCACAGCUCUGCUUGUUUGUUAGCAUCUGGUAAUAUCAUCUACAAAUUGUCACGUUUCACACCAGACUGCUGUUUAAAUGCACACACAGGACGGCGGAGAAACUAAGCUAUUGUUAGCUAACGUUACUUCUGUGCGCAGCUAAGUGGUCCCUUAAGCUAACGACAGCUACCAUCAAAGACUCCCUUUGACGUCAAGUCGGUUCAUAUUAACCAGUCAGUUAAAACAGUGCUGACAUGCAGCGCUGAUACAUGCUAACUGUUAGCUAGGAGCUCACGUCGCACUACACCAGUCAUAUUGGUUUGGCUGACAUGGCAGCCAGCGGAUACUCUGACCUGAGGGAGAAGCUGAAAUCCAUGACUCCACACAGAGACGACUUUAAAAAUAAAUACGUGGACGGGACGAGUAACGGCAGCAGCGGAAAAAGUCGAAAGCGCAAGUUCCGAGAGUCCGACGACGAUGAAUAUGAGCACAGCGAUGACAGCGCGGAGCACCGUGAGCAGGAGGCCAGCCGGGUGAAGAGCAGUAUCCUGCAGAAGAGCAUCUUCACACCGGAGGAGUGCGCCCUCAUCGAGGAGAAGAUCGACGACGUGGUUGCCAAAGGAGAGGCUGGACUUUACCGUGAGCACACAGUGGACAGGGCGCCCCUCCGCAACAAGUACUUCUUUGGGGAGGGUUACACGUAUGGAUCCCAGCUGGAGAAGCGUGGACCGGGCCAGGAGAGGCUGUACCGCAAAGGAGAAGUGGAUGAGAUCCCAAACUGGGUGCAUGAGCUGGUGAUCAAGCGUCUGGUGUCUAGUGGAGUGGUCCCAGAAGGGUUUGUCAACAGUGCAGUCAUCAACGAUUAUCAACCUGGUGGCUGCAUUGUGUCACAUGUAGAUCCUCAGCACAUCUUUGCAAGGCCCAUCGUCUCCGUGUCCUUCUUCAGUGACAGCGCGCUCUGCUUCGGCUGUCGCUUCCAGUUCAAACCGAUCCGGGUGUCAGAGCCGGUGUUUGUCCUGCCUGUGAGGAGAGGGAGUGUCACAGUACUGAGUGGCUACGCUGCUGAUGACAUUACCCAUUGCAUCCGGCCCCAAGACAUCAAGGAGCGGCGUGCAGUUAUCAUCCUUAGAAAGACCAGGCCAGAUGCUCCUCGACUGGACUCUGACAGCCUGUUGAGCUCUUCUCCUCCUGUAAAGAGACCUCCUCCUCUGAAAGCCAAACGCUCUCAUCGCAAAGCAGAGCCUGAUGCUGCGCACAGGCCGAGGGUACUAGAGAUGGAUAAAGAGGAGAACAGACAUCCGUCACACUCCCGUCACCGUCGUCGCAGCAUCAGCUCCGAGAACUACAGGAGACGUGGUCAAGACUCCAACAAACACCGGGAGAGUUCAGGACGCAAAGUCAAAAUGAGACGCCACUGAGCACUCCUCACACAUGUACACAUAAAUAUACCCAUUCUUUUAUGUAUUUCAGUAUUGUAACUUUCUAUGAUCAUCAUUUUCCCGCUCCAGUUUUAGUCUGGCACAAGGAGCCCAGUCAUCAUGUUGUCUGCAAUUUGAUUUGAGUCUCAAUCGUUUGUUUCUGGCAGACGAAGCUGGUGUCUUUGCUACACACUACAGAACCUCAAGUUACUUACUACAGUUGGGCUCUGUUGUUAAAUUACCUUUUAAUUGAACGUUUCUUGUUUCUAUGUCCAUAAAUACUUCAGAAUGGCAUGUAUUUUUUUGUAAUGAUGUACAGACUGCAAGAGCUAAAAGAAAGAUGUAUGUAUGGACUUGUACAAAAGAAAAGCUGAGCUGUAAUCUAACUUGUUAUAAUGUACAAUAUGUUUGUAUAAUCUUUGAUUGGGGGAAGUUUUAUGCAGAAAGAAACAUGGUUUUUUUUUGGUUUUUUUUGCACCUACGUUUCUGAUCUUCACCUUUACUGUGCCAUCCCAGAUCUUUGUUCACUUCUGCGUCCCUGUUUUAAGUUGAAACAACAGAUGUGCAGCCACGUUUUCUCUGUUAUGAUUUGAUUCUGCUGUGUGGCUCAUCUUGGUGGAGGUGACAGUCUGGUGCAUUGACUAAACUGAUGUUUUAUGGAGUGAUGAAAAACUUGUUUUACACUCCGGUUUCAGUUUGAAGUUGCUUGUUGUAGUGACAGAGGCCACGUUAUUGCUAUUCUGUAUUAAAUCAGAGUUUUCCUCAUUUAAAUUUGGUGAUAUUUGGGUCAGACAGAACAAAACCAGCCCUAUUAUGUCUUGUUUAACUUGUGUCUUAACAUGCGGCUAAGAAGAAACUCAAUUUCCAUAUGUAUUUGUCCUUGAAAUUUGCUGUGUAAACAGAUAAAUUUGUUUCUUGCUCCCAGUCAGCCAUAUUUGGCAGAGGUGUGUAUUAGUUCACUGUUAGGUUAGUCUGGAGUUACACAUGAACAAAAAUAACCUCUGUUCAGAGGAGAAAUGACUUUAUAAAAACAGAAUGGGUUGUGUUCAUAGUUUUCGGAACCGCUACAGUUGUGAACGUGUUUGCAAAAGUUAAAAGUAAUAGUCUGCAAGAGGCAAAUACUGGAGCUCUCCAAACAGAACGGGACACUAACUUUGUGGACACAGGUAUUUUUUUUUAAGCUAAAAAGGUGCUGGCUGACUGAAAUAAAGCUGAAAUUGUCUCCA